AUGACAUACACUGAUACGUCACUUGUUUACACCAGCCUCUUUGUCUGCCCAGAAGUAUGGAGCACCAGCAGCUAUUAUUAUGAACAUGGCAACAAUUCCACUACUUCGUGCCAGAACAAAAACUUGGCCCAGGCCAUCAAGGACCUCAGCCACAAUUUCACCUACAGCCUGCUCAGCCUCAAUGGCGGAAACACCACCGUCGACAUGACGGACUUGACCUGCCGCAACUACUAUUCCUACGGCAGUACGGCCCUGCUCGGGGUUUACUUGAGUGCGCUGGCCGUCAUGAUUGCGUGCGUCGUCGUAGGCUUCCUCGCCCUGCGACGAAACGGCGUUUCGUACAACAACUCGUUCUCAGGUGUCUUGUUGACGACUUAG